CUUGUCCUGGUAAAUCAGACACAGGCUUCAUUAUUUUUAGUCUUGUUAAUAAAAGUUGCCAUAGCAACAACACCAUCAUCCAGGGCAAAUGUUAUCUCUUUAAGUCAAUAACACAGGAGCUGUCCCACAAAUGCCUGAUGCUUUCAGAGGAAAAAAUGCCUCUCCAAUAAAUGAGUUUCUCCUAAGUCUUCACCAUUCAUCUUCAUUUGUAAGGCUCAGAACUCUUCCCUCCUGUAAAUAAGAGAUAUUAAAAGCAGUAUACAACUUUGUAAGAUCCAAAGCUGACCUUUCUUGUGCCUCUUUGUAGAAAAUCGUUAAUUCUAUUAGUUCCAUGAAACAUGUAGCUUUAUCUGUGGCUUUUUGAUUCAGCCACAAGAGGCAUAAUGAUAAUUAAUUUGACCGUUGGGCAGAGCACUGUGUAUUCUGAGGGACCAGAGGGGAAAGUCAUUUGGGAGCAUGCACAUACACGUUUUCUCAACUCCAAAGACACCGUGUUCAGGGAAGCAGCAAAUACCUUAGCUGCUCUGGGCCUUCACUCAUUCCUGAGGAGCAGGGUGGGUGCUCAGUCAGCCCUGGCUGGCUGAGUCUGUUCCACUUUAUUUUGGGUCAGAACCAAAAUUAUUUGGGAACAUUCAUGAAAGUUUAUUAAUGGAAUUUUGCAACUAUGGUAAAUUUGUAUCCCCCAGAGUGUUAGCUUUGGACCUUAAAAAUUACUUCAACUUCCCUUUUCUCCUACUGAAAAGCAUGUUAAUUGUAGCGUCAGGCCACAGCCCCACAGGGUAGCUGGGGAAGUAAUUUGGGCCUCUUGGUAGCAUUCUUUUACAAUGCUGCUAGGGCCCCAUGGUCCCCAAAGGCUUUGCUUCCUCUCUUCUCAGACUCACAUUUUUCUUUCCCUCACAUCUAAAAUCUUUGAAGUUGGGUAUGCCUGAUAACUGCUGCCAUGAUACAUUUUUUUUAUUGGCAGCUUCUUAUUUCUUAGGGGGUGCACAUAAUGAUGAGUCUCCUGGGAAGGAGAGGGCAGCCAUAUAGAGUCCCUGUGCACCAGGUGCCAAGCUCUGUGAUGAGCCAUUGGUAGACAUUCUAUUACUACACGUUCAUUUGACCUCUAGGAAGGGGGCAUUUUCAAUGUGUGGGGAGAUGGGGCAGAGUGGUUUAUAAGUCUUGUCCUUGAUCAUAAGUUAGCAAUUGUCAGAGUCAAGGUUUGAACAAAAUUUUUACAAAACUUUAUGGUAAUGAAAUGAUGCUGUUGGAUUCUCCAUCUAACUUGCCCUCAGCUGUUCUCUUUAUAAUAGAGUUUGCAUAAAUAAUAAAUAAUAAGAUAAAUAAAUAAUAAAGAAUAAAGAUAAUAAAGUUAUACAUUUUUAUAAAAAAAUAAUGGAGUUUGCAAAUCAAUAGAUUUUGGAGCUGGAAAGGAUGUCAUGUGUCCUGCAGUCUAACCCUCCAUGUUACAGGUGAGGAAACUAGGCUGAGAGAAGGUACUUGCCCAAGGGUAGGAAGUUAUACCACCGAGAACCAGCAGGGCUGAGCCAGGAGAGAGCAUUUCCAGGCACACAGUGCACACCCAGGCCUCUCUCCCAUGUUGUUACAAGGCAAACCAAACCCAUCUGCCAUGUCAUGGGACCAAGUCUUUAGAAAUAGGUAGGUUACAAAGUGACAGGGCUUCCAUUUCUCCCACUGUAAAAAAGGAUAAACGAUAAUUGAUUUACAGAAUUGUUGGGAAGUUUAGAGAUGGCUCCUGGUGCCCGAUGCAGAGGAGAGGCCGGGUAACCGGAAAGGGCCAUUAUUGGACAGUGAGCAACAUGGCCCUUGGAGCUCAGGAAAGAAAGGUGCUGUGGGUCUCUCUUUGUUGUGUGCCAUUAUUUUGUGAUUCUGCAGACGCAAGGCUCUAUGUUCCAGGCCCAGAAGGCUUGAGCAGCCCUCUUCAGAAACAGCUCUCAGUUGUUCUCAGCUCGUGGGCUCACGGUGGCCUGGCAAGUUAGAAAAAUCGUGGCAGGAAACAGUGUGUCCCACAGUGUCUGGCUUUGAUUGUGCUACUUAUAGGCUGAAGGGCUAAAGAAAGUCCUUUGUUCCAAGCUCAAAGCACAUGUAGUAAUCUGAUUCUAGAGACAGGGAGUUGCAUCGAUGAGCAUUGUUACAGGUUUUGAAACCCCAAACCUUUGAUGAGUAUUGUAUUUGUUUAAAGGAUACCUUUCUUUGAAGAAAAUGAAGAUGUUUAAACUUCAUUGUUUAGUUAUAUUAGCUCUUCAACAUGCAUCUUAACUGUCUCUGGCUGUCAUGAUUUGCUGUGAUAUGUAAAUUCCUAAGGGCAUAGAUGUUGUCUAUUUCAUUUACCUUUCAGAGAACCCAGAAGAAUGCCUUCACCAAGUAGGUUUUUAAUCCAUCUGCAUGCUGUUAUUGCAGACUGAAAUAUAAACUGUCACAUGCUCAUAAAAAUGACUAUUCUGUUCUUAUUUUAACCUUUUAAAAUAAAAAAGCAAACAUUUCCAUUAGAACAGCAUUGAAUGUCUUCCUCUACAGGACAAAUGCAUAAAUAUUGGUUUAUUGUAAUUUAAAAAUAUUAAUAUCAAUUGAUUUUCUAAAGUAAAACUCUGGCCAGUGUAGAAAGUGUGGAAAAAUGCUGAAAAUUAUAUAGAAAAAAUGAAAAGUCACCUUUAAUUCCUAUGAUUCAUUUUAAAAUGUUAUUAAUAUUAUUUACUACUUAAGUAACUGUAAAACUGUCAUCAUGAUCUUCCUCUUUCCAUUAGUGAUCCCAUGUUCUUUCCAGUAAGAAUUAUUGUUUUGUAAUUUUUUUUAUGUGUUGAAAUAUGUUGUGAGUUCAAGGAAAAAGUUUGCCAUGGGCUGCUAGUGACUUGCUCCUAUUUCAAAGAAAACUGUGGUUACCAUGAAGGAAAAUUUAAUCCAUCUUGCCCCAGUGCAUUUAUUCUCUCAAAACCAGGUGAACCACCUCUGCUGAUUUCACUGGGAUUAUGUCACCCACCAAGGCAACUUUCUGUUUCAGUAGGUGAUGCUAACAAACAAAACAACUCCCUUUAACUUAAUUGGUUUUGGAAAAUAGAGACUGGCUUUAUAUUCCACAGCUUUGAUGUGCUUAGUUGUUCCUGCAAGGAUCUGCCUCUCUUUGGCUUUGAUUGACAAGACCUUUCCUAUAUAUUUGGGCAACCAACCAGCCCAGUAACAGAAGGUAGAGACGUUUACCCAGAGCAGACUUUUACCACUCAUUGUGACACUUGAGUGUAAGUGUCAGCUCCAAAAGAAGAGUUGGGCCCAUUCAAGGUCAGGUAAGUGCCUCUCUGCUUUGUAACUUCAUUCCUCCUGUGGAGAAGCCCAAGAACUUCUAUGAUGACAGGGCAGAAUCAGGAACUAUGACAGCAGAUCAGAAUUGCUGCCUGCCUUGAGUGACAAUGACUUGGGGUAUUCAAGUAUAGCCCCCCCCCCCCCAGUCAUUCAAGUGUGUUCAGGAAAUGACCAAGACCCAGUGAUAAUAGCUGGGAAUUUUGCCUUUGAGGCUUCCCAUUAUUUUGAAUUUAAAUUAAAUCACAAUUAGAUAAUUAAUACAGUAGAAGCAUAGAGCAGAAGCAAUCUGUAGUAAACAGGACACAGCUUUAUGAAUGUCCAUGUCUAUGCAUCCAUGUUUUUUUGUGGGUUGGUUUAGAAACAAUACAUGCCAUUAUUAAUAUUUAUCUACCUUCCUCAUUCAUUCCUCAGCCAUGACACUGAAACUAUAAUUUUGAGCAAAGUAUGAAGCCUGGCACCCAAAUACCCUGAACUGUAAUAAAAAUAAUUUUUGUGCACUCAUGUAUUUUCUCAAGAUAUGCGUGAUUUUUGGUAUUAUUCAUAUUUUGUGUUAAUUUUGAAGAGAACAUUGGAACACAUUGCUUUUUUUGUCAUAGACGGGCUCAAUGUUUUAGUUUUUCUAAUUCUCUCUAAAUAUAUUUUUUAUUUGGGCCUAUUAAUUUUAUAAAACAUUGGGUUUCAAUGUGAUAUUUUCAUACAUUUGCAUAUAUUUUGAUCAUAUCCAUCUCUCCUUAAAUUUCUUUAACAUACAAGUUAACUCCAGCAGUGGAGUUGCAAAAAGGAAAAUCCCAAGAAUGCACUUUGAGGGUUGGGAAUCUAGAGAGAUCCAUGGAAUCUAUACUGGAGCCAGUUAUAGAAGACUUUGGGCACCAAUGUUGGAGUUUAAUGGAUAUUUACAUUUCCUGGCUCACUUUCCCUGAAAGAGCAAGGUCCCUUUGAUAGCAACAUACAUAUCUUGGCUCCACCACUGGAGGCAGUAGGGUUUUUCAACUCUGUUUCCUUUCCCUCUCUGGAGGAACAUCAUGAAGCUGGCGUGCCUUUUCCUGAGUGCCAUGGCCCUACUCUUUCUGUGUGGCUGUGGCUCUGUCCUUGGCACCUCCAGUGGUGACCUGCGCACCUUUGUGGGCUGUGCGGUGAGGGAGUUUACCUUCCUGGCCAAGAAGCCGGGCUGCAGGGACCUUCGGAUCACCGCCGAUGCCUGCUGGGGCCGCUGUGAGACCUGGGAGAAACCCAUUCUGGAGCCCCCCUACAUUGAAGCUCAUCAUCGAGUCUGUACCUACAAGGAGACCAAGCAGGUGACCGUCGAGCUGCCUAACUGUGUCCCUGGAGUCGACCCUUUCUACACCUACCCUGUGGCUGUCCGCUGUGACUGCGGGGCCUGCUCCACAGCCACCACCGAGUGCGAGACCAUCUGAAGCGGAAGUGGCCUGCCCCAUGCAGCUAAUGGCCUUGAGCUUAGCAGACUUGCUAGUGCGCAGCACAAGCAGCGAUGCUGCCUGGACUGAAGGCUGUUUGUUUCCACUGUGCCUAAGGAGGUCGGCUGUCUCCCUGAGGUUCAGUUUAGGCCCGAGGCCCGGAGGCAGCACACUUCUGUUAAAAAUGCAAAACAACUUUAGAGCUUUCACCAAAAGAAUUUGUCUUUCUCAUACAUUUGCAUAUUAGUUUUCUUUUGCCUUGAGCCUUGUGCCAUAAUUUGUAUAUUGUAGCCUCUCCUACCCCUCAAUAUGGACUGAUGAAUAUCACGAUUUCAAAUGUAUUGGGUCUACGUAGGAAUUAGGGCUGGAAAAAUUUCACAUUCUAAAUUCUAAAAAUUUCACCACUGAUCUCCACCUAGAUUUGUGAUUAAAGGGCUAGAAACAAUCAAAACCAACCUACCAGUAUUCCUUCCCUGAAAGGAAAUCCAACUGCAAGUUUCCUUAGAGAAAAUUCUUUUAACUGAGCAAUUAUCUUCACAAGAAAUAGGGACCGCUCAGGUUGAUAAAGAGAAGGGAAUUGAUAAAGAGACUUUCUCCAAGUAAAAGGUGUUUGGAUUUGGCUAAUUCAUUCCCAAGAAAAGUUCCUUAAGUUCCCUUAAGGUCUUUAAUAUGGAGGCUACUUUGUGAUAAAACAAAUGAACAAACUCAGAAAAAAAAAAAAAAAAAAGAAACCAGAAGCUGUCAUUUUGGCUUAAAAACUUCUGAAACAAAAGUCACAUUUUUUGGGCCAGGGAUUUAGCUCAGUGGUUCCACCGCCUGCCUCGCAAGUGCAGGGUCCAGAGUUCAAUCCCCAGUACAAAAAAAACCAAAAACCAACAAAAAACCCCCAAAUUUUUGGAGUGAUAUUUUCCCAAAGAUUGCAAAAUGGCCAAUUUCAAAUACCCCAGUCUAUUUAGCAUAUUUUAAAUUUAAAUUGUAAUCUCAGAAAUUUAACAUAGCUGUAGGGGUAGAACUGCAGUGCUGCCUCAGAAGGAAAAGUCUGACUACUUACUUAGCUUUUGCCCCUGCCUUUCCUACAUUUACAGCAGCUAAUUCUGUGACUUAAAAAAAACCCCUGUAGUUUUAUGCAAAUGUCUUUAAUUUUGGCAUUUUGGGGUUGGAUGUAAUCUUGUUCAUUUUUCAUAAUAUGCCAGGGAAAUCUACAUUAAUGCCAAUAAAGCAUGUUCUCUGCCUUUCGAAUUCAUGCAAAUUUUCAGAAAUCUUUUUAGUCUUUAAUAUAUUUGGUAUAACAUUAGGAAGAACACUAAAAAUGAACUAUAAGGCUAUUUUUACUUAAGCAUUAAUCUGGCAGGGAGGAGAACAUGUUUAGUAAGGGACACAGACAGAUGCCUUUGGGUAGCAUAAGCCCCAGAGGUGGCGUGAUCUGCACCGCCUGACCCAUCACAGCUGGAGCCAGGAACCCCCCUUGAAGGAGGAGUCAGUGGGUCCCCCUAGAAAACAGUGGAGCACAUGUUGAUACUGGUGGUCAGCUUCGGGGAUGUGGGGACCAAGGACAUGGGCACAAUCUAUCCGACUCUUGGCAGAUCUGUUGUCAGGAAAGGAAGUCCCUCAACCUGAAAAGGGGUUGAGUGUCUGCUGUGUCACCAGGACAGUGGGAGACCAUGAGACAUGAUGCUGUAGUGUUCUGAGCCCUUCCCUAGGAACUCUGCCCUGGAGUUUCUGAGACAGGAAGGGGUUGCCAGAGUUUGAGAAAAGAUGGCCUCAGUCAGGAAGCAAGCGAGGAGAGUUUAGUGAAGAGACUAUUUGUAAAUAUAUGGGCAGAGUCAAGGAAACUAACAAAGACAGGUGAACUGCUUCUGGUUUGGAAGCCUUAGGUGGCCCUAGGCUGAAGGAACAACAUACCGACACUGACACCAUGUAGAAAGGGUGAGCGAGAAUAAACACCCUCCCUCCACUCUCCUCCUAUCUCCCGGUCUUCUGUUAAAUCAAAUGGGAGUCAAAUGGAAGCUCAAGAGUAAGAGCCCAUUGAUUUGGCCUGUAAAUGUUGGCUUCCUGGGCAGCAGAUUGAAGAAGGAUGGAGAAUAGAUCAAAGGGGGCAAAUGGAUAAAAUCCAGCACAGAUCUCUCAGGAGGCUCAGUGGGCAGUGAUAUUGGCUGUGAGGGCAACGAGGCGUGCUGUGUAUCAUUAAGACUUUCCAAGGGUGAACUGGUGGGAUGCUCAUGGAAAGGUGAACACUUCCUAGCCUGUAACAUUUGAGAGGUGCAAGGACCAUGGUAAUUAUAAGGAUUGUGGGAUUAGUUGGUUAAGUAUAAUCAAAGCCCUCAGGGUAUGGCAUGAAAACUGCAUUUGAAGAGGUUUUUUUUUUUUUCCUUAUGCAUCUGGAAGGUAGAGAGUGUGAAAAUCAGGCUUAAUAUCUCAAUGGGAGAGCAGCUCAAUUACAAAAAGGCUGAAUCCACUACCUUGAAAAAUCUCCUACCUUUAACUUAUGGUCCUAACAGGGAAGAAGGGGACACAAAGACACACAUUUGAUGUACUAAAUGUACUUGAGAUUGAUUCCCCUGUAGAAGGACUUCCUGUUCCUCUUUGUCAUAGGAGAGCAGACUCCCCUUACUUGGAGAACUUGUGGGGCCCCCAUCGGAGGAGGUUGUUUUACAUGAUGAUAUUUAGCCUUCUCAAAUACUGCCCAGAACCCCUUAUGUUCUAGAUGAAUAAUUAGAGCCAAGUCUCAGGAUGUUCUGCUGGGGAAAGACUUGCCCUUUAGUGGGAGGAAUGAGACACUCCACUAAAAGAGCUCUAGAACCUAAAGAUGCAAACCAGGAGGGCUUGCUAGAAAGCACUUGGCAAUGAAUCUUGAGAGUGUCAGACUGGAAGGAGAGAGGAGAAUAGCAGAAUAUAAGACUGGGUAAGAAGAAUUUGUGCAUUGGGCAGCACUGUCAGAAUUUACCAUCAUCAUAAGCGUACAGGAUCUAGUACCAGUGUGCAGCUGGGUGGCUCCUUCAAGCUUGGGGAAAUGGUGACCUGUGUUAGUGACAAGAAGAUGCCUGAACUGUCUUGGAAAAGUGCUGGGGAGCAGAAGAUUGCGGUAUGGGUUAUUGCACGGGGCUCUAGAACUCAUAGUAGCUACGCUCACCACUCAUCAAGAAGGUCUGGAGGAUGUUCCCUUCUUGAAAGCAAAAAGGGUUGCACUUAUGGGGUCACCUGUGUCAUAGAAAGGUUCCAUGGUGGCUGUCCUUUGUAGCCAGAGGAAGUUGCCAUGGAGCUGGGUUUCCUGGUAUGGGCAGAGGUGACAGGGUUCUGUGAAGCAGAGACCAGUUGUGACACAGCCAUAAGAAGUGAAGUACACAUAAGCUAUAACAUGCAUCAGAGCUACACUCGCAACCAGAGGGCUAUAGCCUACAAAUUGUGUGGGGUGGCUAAUCAUCUGGGGCAUUAGAAAAGUUAUUAAUGAAAAAGAAGAAAGUACGUGUCAGGAUUCUUCUUGUCUCCUUCUCUUCUACUUCUCUACUUCUCUUCUCUUGUCUCCCUUCCAUUCACAAACACCUACUAGCUCUAAUUUUAGGCAAGGAAUUGUAUUUGGAAAUAGAAAUAUAAAUACUGUUACCUCUUAUAGCUUAAAUCCAGAUGUCUCCCCAAAGCCUCAGGUACUCAUAGGUGGGGCUUUUCAGAGGUAGCUGGAUCUAGGGUGUGAAUAUGAAUUAAGAGUGUAUGAUAACUAAAUUAGUCCACUGAUUGGUUUUGUAUAGUUCUGGGUGUGGAUAAUAGGAAGGCCUACCUGGAUAAGGGUAGCACUAGCCAAUUGGCUUAUAGCCUGAAUGGAAUAAAAGGGAAAGAGAAGCUGCUACUUCCUGCCUAUCAUGCCAUGGACUGUUUCUCCUCUGCCAUGCCCCUCUGCCAUGCCACUUUGCCUUGGAGCCAACUGACUAAGGACUGAAACCUCUAUGAACUGUGAGCUAAAA